UUUCUAAUAAUUUGAAUUGUGUGCCUACUGUUAAGGCGAAUUGAUCAGUGUUAAGUAAUGAAUAUAAUGACUGAUGUAGAACGGUUUAACACUAGAUAUGUGAGAGAGAAUUCAGUCUCUUUUUCUUCUGGAAGUCAACCAUUAAAAAAUUAGUGGAAAAAUGGAAUCAACGAUUCAGGAAACCCUGAAUUCCUCUCUUCGCCGAUAUCAGAAGUGGAGUCUAACUCAAGACCAACAAUAAAUGAGGAGCAGUUUCGCAUUUUAUUAGAACCACAAAAUCGAAACUUUUGGGAGAUAGCAAAAACUUUUCGUGCAUCGCCUAGUGAAUCUCGACAAGAUGGUGAAAUUGUUCUACCGAAAUUUAACUUCGACGCUGCUGGAGCCAACUCCACGCAAUGGUGUGCUACGGUGGAUUGGUUCUGGCGAGUGUCUUGCCGUGUGUGGGAGUCGGCUAAUGACGUCACUUUUAACAAAAUGGCGUGGCAUGGAUCAUGAGCAAAUUGCUGCAUCGGUUGUUCUUGGUCAUUUGGCAAACUAUGACAGCAGACUACAACGGAUUGCGUACACACUGACUAUUCGCAGCAGACGAGACUUACAGUCCGAGUUACAAGUCUUUUCGUUUGACAAUAAGCGGUCCAGCUCUUCAGACGAUUAUUCAACGUUGCCAAUCAAAUGUUACUCAUGUGGGAAGCUUGGACACAGGAAGUCGGAAUGCAGAGGGCAGAAACCUUCUACAUCUGGAGAAGAUCAGCGAGCUUCCUCAGUGCGUGCUAAAGUCGUGACAUGCUAUCGAUGUCACGAGCCGGGACACAUCUCUACUCAAUGCUCCAAGAGUUCGGAUGGUGACGCAGGAUCACGUGUGCAUAAGAGGGUUAACCUAUGUGUCGUUGAUGAACCAAAAGCAAUUGUGUUGCGCCCAGCCACGAGGAACACAACCGGUCGGCACAACUUGACGCCAUAGAACUCUUUUCUCAAUGAUAUCGAUGGUUUGUCAUCGUUCAAGCAGGAGGAGAAAAACUGGUAGAUCAAAACAAAUAGAGAAAGCGCGCCAAAACUAAAAUGAGGAGAGGGGGCACGACUAAAACCAAAACAAAAGAGAUAACACUCCUCAAUUGCUUGUUUACUGUUGCCAUGUUCUUAU